UAGUUCCAAAAUAUCUUUGUUCCAACUAUCUAAAUGUUAUAUAUUUUCCAAAAUACAUUUUGUUCCAAUGGCAGGACAAUUUGAUAACGGAUCACGGGGGAGUGGACGACGGUUUUUUCAAAUGCUUAUUUUUUUGACGGUACUCCAUUACCCUACGACCCAUGUUCUAGUGUUUUAUAAUCUUCAUACAUACUUAUAUAACCAGUAUACAGACAGCAGACUACAGUGUUCAGACUUAAAAAUAUUAAUUGUUAAACUCUAACUCAAAUUUAGCUAAGUAAUCAAAAAUUAAAAUAAGUUUCCUAACUUUCUUUAUUUGUACCUAAUUAUUUUAAUUUUUUGCUGUGUUUUUACUAAUUUAUUCUUGGAAUCUAAGAGUAUUAAUCAUUUAAUUUGUAGGACUUAUACAUAAAACUUUGAAGAUCAACAUAAUAUUAUGGAAUCAUCUAAGGCAUGUAGACAGAAAAAUGUUAUGAUUUCUUUAUCAAAACCAAAAUAUAAAACGUCCUUACCAGAAAAACAGAGUACCUGGGGUAACCUAUUAAAUAAAAAAAACGUUGGUACUAAUACAGUUAUAGCUUCCAAAAUUAAACCUAAAAAAUAUUCCUCUAUUCCUGAGACGAAUAGUAAAACAAUGACCAAGAGUGUACAGUGUAGCGAUUCACCUAUUGAUAAAGAAUGCAAAAGUUCUAACUCACUUUCUGUAUUCAAUCCAAUCAGAACAUUACAAUUUCUACUAAAGGAAAUUAUGGAGUUCCCGGGUGUUAAAAAUGGAGAUAUUGCAAAAAUUGUUGAUGAAAUGCAAGUGGUCGUGGGAAGAAUUGUUGAUGAAUGUGCUGAAAAUUCACCUAAAGUAAAUAAUGUACCAGUUAUGAAUUACAAUUCUAUGAUACCAACAAGAGAUGAUGAUUAUUGUAAAGAUUUAAAAUAUGAUAACAUUUCUCAAGAAAAUAAAUAUUUGUCUGUACUGCUAGGAAAAAUAUCAGAACUUGAAAAUCAUUAUAGUCAAUUGACAAAAGAUAACACUAAAUCUAAAGAAAAACUGCAGUGUGUGACUUCUGAAAGGGAUAGAUUACUUGAGAAGUAUAAAGAAUCAUGCGAUUCAUUGGAAAAGUUGAAUAACCGUGAACGUGAAUAUUUAGAUACAAUCACAGAACUUAAAUCCAAACUUAUGGCUUCCGAUAAAUUGAUUAGAAAUCAAGAGGUCAUCAUUACAAAUUUAAAUAAAAGAUUGAAAAAUGUACCAAAUAAAAACAAAGUUGGGGUUAAGGAGUAUGUGAAUGGAAAUAUUCGAACUGAACAUCAUAAUACUUUCAAAACAUUACUAAAAGAAAAUAAUGAAUUCAACAAAAUCACAAAAUCAGAUUUGGAUAAAUUAGCUAUUAACAGUUGUCUGAAAGAUAAUGAAGUCUCCAAGCUCAGAUCAGAUAUAAAACAAAUGAAGCAAAUUGUGUUAACUGGGUUAGAAAAUAAUGAUAUUAAAUCUGUGUCAAUGACAUCAUUGAAAUCAGAAGACAACUUAAUAAAAGAUUUUCCUAAGGAUUGUGAAGGUCAUAAAAAUUAUGUAGAACAUGAUAUUGGCUCAAAAUAUAUUGAAUAUAACAGAGAAGCAUCAGCCAUAAAACUAGCUAAGACAGAACUUCAACAGCUAUUUGAAACAAUUAAAAAACAAACCCAUCAUUCAAAAAAACUUUUUAAUUCUACUUUUGUAGACAACGAAAGAGUUUUAAGUGAUAUUUCUGAUGAAGAGGAAAACUCAAAUGUAUCAAACUUUAUGAGUGUAGUGACUCAUUCAAGUUGUUAAUUAAUUUAUGCACUUGAAAGAAAUUUUGAAUUGUAUUAUUAAAUUAUUUUAGAAUGUAAAUACAGGUAUAAAUAAACAU